UCAACUUUUUCAUCGUUGUCAAAACUGACACAUUUUAAAAUAUACAAGUCGUAGGUAAAAUAUGGUACAUAAUUCCAUUGUAACGCAAUUACGUACUCGCCGCUUUGCGGCAUUGUGCGAAACUUUUCCAUUCGUACGUAAAGUGCUCCUUACAACUUUUAUUAUGUAAUAUGCUUUUGUAUAUUUUGAAGUAUGUCAGUUUUGAUAACGAUUGAAAAGUUAACAGCAGCCCAGAAAUAUAAAUUUAAACGCCAUGUGUUCAUAAAGAAAUAUUCAGCAUCAGAAAUGUUUUUUUUAUAUUUUCAGGUUCAUUCUCAGAAGGAAUAUAUUCAGAACCGGACGAAAUAAAAGGUUCUUUAUCGCUUUCAGAAAACAGAAAUGAUUCUUAGGGGUCUGUUGACAUGUUUUUACGUCGUUUUGUUAUUUUUUGGUAAAACACAGCAUGAUGCAAUAUAAAGGAUUGCCGACUCAUCUCAAAAUGGCAAAACCAAACACCUACUUAUUGUAAUUGAAUAAAUAAAAUAGGUUACUUACAAUUAUCAAACAACAUUUUUGUACUUUUAAAAUAAUUUUGUUCACCGGCACUGCAGCUCUAAUAAUGUAAAUAAUAAUAAAUAACCCUUUUAUAAAAACAGCUUAUACACUAGGCCUGGGUAACAUAGUGGAUUUUUAGGUGCUCACACAGUGACACGGAUACGGCUUGCCGUAUUGAUACAGCGCUAUACUUUUCAUAUGUUGGGAACAACAACAGAGAACACUGUGUUUCGUGACGUCUAGUGGUUCGUAAGACUGCUAUCAGUGCUUUUAAGCGGAACGGCGCGUGCAUUGUUUUCUCUUUGGUUUUACUGACGAGACACAAUGACAGACGCCGGAUGUGUUGAUUUAAUGAUUGAAAUGAAAGAAGUCGCAACAUAUUAUCUUCCUGUAAAGCCUAUUUGUCUCACAAGUAUCUGUGAUUGGUUUCAAAUCUGCUGGGUCAGCCAUAAAUUAUGACCGAAUUACCAUUUAAAUUAGUUUCUUGGACUUCUUCGUAGUAAUCAAAAGGCAAAAUGUAAAAAGGCAGGCAUUUGCCUUUGAACACAUCGAAAAGUGUAUAAGUAUUGUUUUAUGUUAUAGAUAUUAUCAACUUCCAAAUUAAUCAACAAAAUUAUAGCACAUCUAUUGCCAGAAUUAACGGUAACAACCGGAGUUCCAUUCAGAUAAACUUCUGAUUUAGAGAAACUGCCAGAAUGUUGAACCUUCUUUAACAAUGAAAGUCAUUUCAGAUAUUUUUUAUGCUAUGCUUAAGGAACACUUUGAAUCAGUCUCCUAUUAUAAAAAAAACACACCUAAUAUUUUAUGAAUAGUACUUAUAUUUAUUAGGCUGAACUUCCGGUAUCGCAAAAUGAUGAAAUUAGGUAGAAAUCGAGUUUAGACCACUUUAGGCGAGAAUCGGUGACCAUUUUUGUCUGAAAAUUGUCCUAAUAGAACUUUUUAGAAUUUGAUUAAAGGGAAUUUUACGUCGUUGGCCAUGACUACAGGUGACUAUUAAAGGCUCUCACUGUUCGAUUGCGCAUUUCGACAUCUAAUUAUUAAAAAAGAAUCAUUAAAGUCGAUCAAAAAUUAAAAAGAAUUUACACACACCAUUUUUCAUCGUGCAAAUCCUUGAUAUGAAGCUUCGUUUCUGACAAGAAUAUAUUCUUUGACUAAUUUAAAUGUUUACAUUUUAUAUGCUAUCUAAAAAAUGUUGGUAUUUUAUUCUAUUGAUAAUUAAUGGCCUUUGCAGUGCUAGACGCUUAGCUGCAGAAUUUAUUGUUGACCAGUAUCAUAUCCAGAAAGCUAUCAAAUUAUUCUCAGGCCAUGUCGCACUAUGAAACGAUGUCGGAAAGAAUUUGCACAGAGAUUAAACGGAUUAUCUGCUCUUCCGUCGCGGGAGUGGGAAUCUUAACGUUUUCCAUUAUCACGGAAGAAAGCAUCUACAACAAGAGUCCUGUUGUAUUGGCCGAAGGCAGACACUUAGGUCUUGAAGCUUGGAGUGUUGAAUUUGUCUACCAAUAUGCAUGCUCUAAAAUUUUUCCAUUCAGAAAAAAGUUGGAAAGAAACGCAAUAUCUUUGCAAGACGUAGAACUCGUAAAUAGUUGUUUGAUGACUGCUAUUUUAAUCAAUCCUUAUGUAUCCACAUUUUGGAAUAUGAGACGAAACCUGGUACGGGCUUCGAGGGAUUUUUCGGUUGAGCGGAAAUUAAGCCAAAUAGUGCUCUUUAGCUGCUUCAAAUCGUCCGACGCUUUUGCUUUUCGCAGAUGGACAUUAGAACAAGAAACAAUUUUUUUUCGGCAGUUAGAGCCCAACUGUGUCUGGGAGGCGUUUUGUUAUGAAAUGGUGCUAUGUCGCACAAUUUUUGAGUCUGUUCCCGACAAUUACCACUGCUGGACGUACCGACAAUGCUGCAUAUACAUUUUUGAAAAUGACAUUAAUUUAAAACUGAUGUUAUGUAGGGAAUUCCAAUUCAUUAAUGAUUGUAUGAAUCGGCAUGUUGUAUUGAGCAGUGUCUAUCAUUACAAACAAUUUUUAAUCAACUUUGUCAAAAACUUUUAUUAUUUUCGUCGCAUAGAUCCUAUUCAUAGAUCUACAGAAAUUUUGUUAGGGCUAGAUAUUGUUUCCAGACGAGUAAUGUAUAAAUCCUCAAAUAUUGCGAGAUUUUGGGAGCAGUUUGGAAAUUAUCGAAUUGGCAUUUUUUCAUGUAAAUUUAUCGUUUGGGUAUGCGUCUUCUGGUUAGAGCUUAUAAAUGAAGAAGAAGACAGACGAUUUUAUAUGCAUGAAAACUUUUGGCUUCAAAGGAGAUUUAUUCUGUAUACGCUUUUCGAGAGAUUAAAUAAUAAUAUAGAAGGAAUGUUAGACGAUCAUAACGUGGUGGUCGAUGUUAAAAGUAACUUGCUAGAUUCAAAUAUAUUAUUCACAGUUUGUAAGAGCAAUUACAAGAUGGAAAAGGAAAUAUCUACAAAUCCUGCCCAUAAGAAAAUUAUAAACAGCCCUUUCUAUCGGGCAUUAAUUAAUGGCGAGAAAUAUAUUGUUAGGAAGUUUAUGUGUCCAUCAAAUCACAACCUAAUUCGAAGACAUAUUUCUUGGCUCAAAUACUUUUUGAGGUUUGACAUCGAACUUACCAGUGACCCUUUUUAACUACUACAUACGUGUGAUCAUUUUGAAAUAAUUUUUAAACGUUACAGUAUUAACCGAUUGAUGUGUAUGAUAGGAUGAUAAAAGAAUUAUAAACGUUAUGUUCGAAAUAUAAUAAAGAAAUUAUUUAAAGGAAA